CUUCUCUCUCUCUCUCUCUCUCUCUCUCUCUCUCUCUCUCUCCGUAUUCAAUGUCUGGUUAUAUAACGAGGAAGAUAGGGAAAGAGGAUUAUUACCCUGGCCGGACCCUUGCCGCUCUGGACGACCUGCACCUCUCCGGCCUCAACCCCGCUCACUUCCUCACCCUACUCCGCUCCACUGUUAAAUCCAUCCGUUCAUUCGUCAAAAUCAUGGUCCGUGAAAUGAAAUCCGCCGGAUGGGAUCUCUCUGCCGCCGCCGGCGUAAUCCAGACUUAUCUCCGACGCCAACGAAAUAGCAAUCACAACAUCUUCGCAUUCCAAUCUUAUGUCUCGCGAAUAAUGUUCUCCAAUUUCCAGCGCCAAGAUUUCGGUUUAGGCGGUCCGGUGCGCGACCGCCAUAGCUUCUUUGCGGAGUUCACAGAGCUCAAAUUCUUCAAGCAAAAGAAGUGUUUUGAGAGAAGAUCCCAGUUUGGGAAGUUUUUUAGGGGGAAGUAUUUGGGGCUGGUGCAUCCGAAGAUGGAAGCUUCGUUCUUUGGCAAUAUCGAGCAACGGAAGCUUGUGAGCUCCGUCCGGGUAUCGCCGGAGACGGAUUUCUUUGAGCGAUUUGCCGAGAUGGCAAGGCGGGGUUGGCUUCUUCACUGCUUGUUCUUUUCUUUUAAGGAAGAGGAUAAAGGAGUCAUUUUUCAGGCGAGGAGGGGGAGCCGGUUCUCGGACUUGUAUAUGGAGAGCGUGGCGGAGGAGGAGGCGGAGCAGGGUGGCGUUGAUUGUCGGCCGGAGGUGGGUUUUACGGUGUUGCCGGGGUUUGGUGAUACAGAGCAGGGUCUAUCUAGUGUACAUCGACAGACGAUGAAGCCAAGUGGAUGGUCAUGAUGUCUCGUUAGCUUAGGUCGCGGACUCGCUGAAGCCAAAGGGGCGAAGGGCAGAAGUCGGAAGGGUUUCACGCGCAAGGAUUCAGCAGUUCAG